GUCCAUGAUGCUUUCUAUCGGCUUGGGACCGACGUAACCGAUUUAUCAAGCCUUGCUCAGAAUCUACGCAGAAGCUAUAUGUUUGGCAUAACCGCCGCAAGCACUCCGAGCCAGUUCUGCUGUAUCAAAGCACACAAGCACACAAGCACACAAGCACCCUGCCAUUCCUCCAAGGUACGCGACAGAACAUGGUCACUCCACCGCCUCCUGGUAUCUGGUCCCCAGCGGUCACAUUCUACCACCCCACAACUGGCCAACUAGAUCUCGAAGCUCAAGAAAAAUAUAACGCCUACCUCUCCAGAAGCGGCCUCUCCGGCCUCGUCAUUCUUGGCACAAACGCUGAAGCAUUCCUACUCACCCGCGACGAACGCUUCCAACUCAUAUCGUCCGCACGCGAAGCCGUAGGUCCGCAAUUUCCUCUGAUGGCCAGCGUCUCCGGAUUCUCCACCAUUCAAGUUCUCGAAUACAUCGACGACGCCUUUAGAGCAGGAGCGAACUAUGCUCUCCUUCUUCCACCUUGCUACUACGGAAAAGCCACCACACCAGCGGUAAUCAAGGACUUUUUCGCCGAAGUGGCUGAGAAGUCGCCACUGCCCAUUGUCAUCUACAAUGCCCCUGCUGUGUGCAAUGGCAUAGAUCUUGACUCUGAGACAAUCACUUCCAUUACCAAGGCCGCGGCAGGAAAGAUUGUUGGCGUAAAACUUACCUGUGGAAGUGUCGGCAAGAUCUCCCGUCUCUCUGCCUCUUUACCUUCUUCCAAAUUCAGCAUCUUUGGCGGACAAUCUGAUUUCCUGAUUGGUGGACUCGCCACCGGGGCAGCUGGUUGUAUCUCGGCCUUUGCAAAUGUGUUUCCAAAGACUGUUGUGCAGAUCUACAGGUUGUUCGGUGAGGGUAAACAUGUAGAGGCACUGGCGCUACAGAGGAAAGCGGCAUUGGCGGAGAGUCCCUGCAAGGCCGGCAUCGCGAGUACGAAGUAUGCUGUUGCUGUAUACUCGGCAGUAGAAGCUGGAAUUGAACAUGCGACAGACAAACUGAAGCCGAGAAAGCCAUACACAGAAGCCUCCGAGGCGGUCAAACAAGGCAUUAGAAGUGUCAUGGAUGAGAUUGUCGAGAUCGAGGCAACGUUGUAGUGUCCUUGCUGUAAGGUGGUAAGGGGG